UCGUCCUUCUCGCAGCCCCUGCGUGGGGGUUUCUGCAUAUGCCAAUGAUCCACCCGAGAUUGAGUCUUGGACCGGCCAAAAUUGAAACGGAUGCGUCUGAAUUCCAGUUCCAACAGCUUGUUGACCAUUUCCGGCCGUUGGACACUCGAACCUUUUCCCAGAGAUAUUUCAAGAGGAUGGAUAAUUAUGUGUCCGGCGGUCCCGUCUUCCUGUUCCUCGGCGGGGAGUGGGACGCAACAGGAGGUUUUAUUUCGAACACGUCUUUUGUCGGACAAAUGGCUGACCGGCUGGGAGGCGCCGUCUUCGAACUCGAGCAUCGCUACUACGGCAUUAGCCAGCCAAUCGGUGAUCUUGAGACAGAGAGUCUAGAGUAUCUGAGCAUCGAUCAGGCGCUGGCCGACGCUGCCAACUUCGCCCAGCAAAUUUCUCAAGAAAACGGAUUCACCGGGCCGUGGAUUAUUUGUGGCACUUCCUACUCGGGAAUGCUUGCAGGAUUCGCCCGGCAGAAGUACUCGCACAUUUUCCACGCCGCCUACUCUUCCAGUGGCCAGCAAGAGGCCAAAGUCGACUUUUUUGAGUAUCAUGAGAUGACAGGCAUCGGUUUGGGCAAAAUAGACCCACUUUGUCCUGGAUACCUUUCUGCAGCAAUGGACGAAAUGGUUGCUCGUAUCACAAGUGAUAAUCCAGAUGACGUUCAGUUUGUCGCUGAUUCUUUCAACCUGUGCCAAGAAUCGGAUCUGAGAAACCCGAAUGACGCGAUGUACCUGUAUGCAUUAGUCGCAAACCUUUUCGGCUCCGUCGUCCAAUUCGCAUUUCCUGGCUCGAUUUCCACCGAGUGCCAACUUCUGAUAGACGGCCCUGGCACCCCUUUGGUCAACCUUGCCGAGGUUAUCAAACAAACCUACCCAGUUGCCUGCCUCCCAGUUCACUACGACGAUAACAUGGAGUUCUAUCGCAAUUCCACUGAGGUCGCGCCAGGAAACAAUUAUCGUCAGUAUAUUUAUCAGACGUGUUUAGAGAUGGGCUGGUUUUUCACUUUGUCGGGAAAUUCUCCAUUUGGAAACGUCGUGCCAGCAGAAUACUUCAUCAGAAGCUGUGCUGAUGUCUUUGGUGAAAGCUUUAACCAAGAAUUGUUAGAAGCUGGAGUUGCUCGAACCAACUUGGAGUUCGGAGGCAAAGCCCCUGAGGUCACCAGGGCGAUUUUCACGCACGGAACUUUUGACGGUUGGAGCAAAGUAGCUGCAGAAACGGACAUCAACCCGGAAGCGCCGGUCAUCAUGAUUCAAGAUGUAGGUCACGCUGCCGAUCUGAUAUUUUUUGAUAGCGACCCGCCGCAGUUAAUUGAAGCAAGACAGCGAGUUGAGGCACAGAUUACAACAUGGAUUAACCAAUUUAACCAAAAGGCUUAAUUUUCAAUAAUUGUCAAAUGCAAAAAUAAAAAGUAUUCAGUCA